AAUUAGCGAAAUGGGUAGUACUUUUGGAGACAAAAUCUUAUCAAACUUCAUAAGUGAUCAAUGUGAUAUGGAAGUUCAAGUGGCAGAGAAUCAUCAAUUAUUUGUUCAGGAUAAUGCUAAUAGGCCACACCAAAUUCAGACAAGCUUUAGUGAAGCUUUGACAAGAUUUCAACCAAAUACACCAACAUCUCCUUCCACGAGACAAAAAUGGGAAUGUGAUGCCAAUCUGACUUCAUUUGAUUUCAACAAAAGAUCAGAAAGACAAGCCACCUUGCGAAAAUUGUCUUGUGAUCUUGAAGCAAAAUACUCCCAAGAUGUUCCUGUACUUCUUAAUAUAUUAAAAAGUUUUUAUCCUUUUAAUGAAACAAGCGGUGAUGUCUUGGAGGAUUAUGAAAUUAAUGAUUUCUUUGAGCUUUAUGGUAUUUCUGAUGUUCGUCCCAUCCUUGCAAGUAAUGAUAAUUAUGUCUUUUGGUUAGAAAACACUACCGGUAUUAUCUAUAUGUGGUCUCGUGUAGAUAGUACCAUGUCAUACUUAGGAGGUGAAUUAAGAGAAGCUUUGGUAAACUACCUUUUCCACCAAGAAAAUAUUUGUUAUGUCAUUGAGUUCACUCAUGAACUUAUACCAGAGAAUGAAAUCGAACAAAAAGCUAGAGAAUUAGCAGAUUCAUUCAAGUCUAUCGGUGAGUGGGUAGUAACUAAAGGGUCUAAUUCAGCAAUAAGAAAUGAACAAAAAGGAACAAAGAAGGGAAAGAAUAAGGGAACAAAGAAGGGAAAGAAUAAGGGAAAAAAGAAGAAAAAAAAGCACUAGCACUUUUGCUAGGCAUUCGAAUUUUAUUCUACUCGAUGAAAAAAUUUUUUUCUUUGUAAAUAAUUUCUUUUAUGUAAU